CGUGGGGAGGGUGGAAGCGACGGAGGCGGCUGCUUGCGGGAAGCGGCGGUGGUGGUGGGAGAAACAGGUGUCCCCAUGGACGGGGCGGACCAAGAGCCAGUGGCGGGGCGGACCCGCCAAAGUUCCCCUCCGGGGGAGAAGCCGUUUCCUUUCCCGGCCUGGGAGGAGAGCUCGGGGGACGAGAAUGGUCUGGUCAUUCACAGCCAGGUGGAGGAAGAGGAGCAUAAAUGUGCCAUGUGCGGUGAGAGCUUCAGCCAGCCACUGGGCCUGCUGCGCCACCAGAAGCAGCAGCACGCCGGCGAACGGGCCUUCGUGUGUCCUGAGUGCGGCCGGGGCUUCAGCCUCAAACACAACCUCAUCAUCCACCAGCGCAUCCACACUGGCGAGAAGCCCUUUGGCUGCAGUGUCUGCGGGAAACGCUUCAGCCUCAAGCAGAACCUGCUCACCCAUCAACGGGUGCAUGGCAGCCCAGCCCGCCGCCCUUUUGCCUGCCCAGCCUGUGGGAAGAACUUCCGGGAAGAACGGCUGCUCGCCGCUCACCAAAAAAGAGACUGCGAGCAGCAGGAGGAGCAGGAGCAGGACAGCCCGGGAGGCCAAGCAGUGCAUGUCGAUGAGGAGGGCGAGGAAGAUUUCACACGGCGCCGGCUGAGGAUCAAACAUCAAGAGAAGCCCCCCCAAACCCGAAGCGCCUUUGCCCGUCGGGGUUCCAGGGAACCCUUGGGAGGCCGAAGUGGCCUUGCUGGCUCCCCGAGGACCCGGCAAACCAAGGAGGAGACCCCCAAAGGCCCAAAACCAAGGCUCCGCAGGGGGGACACCCCCUUCCAGUGCCUGACGUGCGGGAAGAACUUUUCGCAGAAAGGCAACCUGGCGGCCCAUCGCCGGAGUCACCGGGAACGGGAGACCCUCAGCUGAGGACAGGCCGAGAGAGUGUCCUGCAGGGGCUGAGCGUUCGGAGCGGUGGUGGACAGCGGGCCUGAGAAGGGACAAUGUGCAGGUGGCCAAGGAGAAAUUACAGCCUCCUCCCCAUCCCGGAUCUGGUCGCUCGAGGGACAUACUGGAAAAGACCUUUUUACGUUCUCCAACAAGUCCCUUUCCACAUAUCGGGACCUCGAACUGACAAAAAACUACAAGACACAGGGUGCUUUCCAUAUUUCUGCAUUUUUGUACCUCUUUUUUCUUUUUCUUUCUUUUUUUUUUUUUUUUUGAGCCAUUAAUCUCCCGCUGGGUCCUGGAUCAAGUCCCGCAUCCCCCCAUCUCCACAUUUUGCAUUCCAUUUUUGUCUCUUUCUGACAGAAAACCGAAAUCCAAAUCUCCCAAAUCUGCAGAAUGCCAACCGUAGCAGAAUCGCGCCACCAGCCUGGUGAGAGAGAGCAGGGUUAGAGCUGUGCCAAAGAGUCCGGGACCUGGGGAAAGGAGGCUCGGGAUAGCCGUUGGAUCAGCCGGCUCUGAGUUUGCAACGGCAAGCCUCCUUGGAAGUCGUUUCCUGUGGAAGUCGUUCCCUGAGGAAGCCCUUCGACUUGGGACUUGGGCCGAAGCUCCCCACUUCCAUCCGCUGGAAACUCUCCCAGGAAUCUGACGCCUCGGCCCAAGCCCCAAGUUGAAGGGCUUCCUCUGCAGCCUCCGUGGCUCGUCCCCUCUCAUCAGAAAAAGCAGGCAAGGGAUCGGCAGUUCCUCGAGCAUCUGGGGCCCUGGCAUUUGAACCCGUGGCAUGUGCCGUGAACAAAGGGAAUCGCACAUUUCGUUCCCUGCAGAUUUGAACCUGUGGCGUGUGGCAUGAUGUGCCGGGGACCGUAGAAAUACUUCAGUUGACAACUACGUUGUGGAACUAGCUGGAACAUGCUGGCAUUUUUGGGUCGCUCGAACAUGUGAGAAUCCACCAAGGAAAGAGGAACCCACUGGAGAUCCGUGCCCGACGGAAAAGUCCCUGAGCGCUCCGUACUCGCACCGGCAGUGCAGUACCGUCACUGACGUGGAUCUGGCAAAGAGAGGUCUCUUGGAAGAUCAGCGUCCAUGGAGAAGCGGGGAGGGAAACUCCCAACUUGGAGGAGCUGUGUUCCCAAAGACCCCCCUCCCCUUCCCCUGCGAGUUCUGUCCGCGGAGAAGACCCCUCCCUGCACUGCCUCCCUUCGCUGUCCAGCCAGGCCUCGGCUCUCUCGCUGUUGUGCCUUGGGGCUCCCCGCUGCUCGGCGGGUUUUGCUGUUCCUGUUGAUUGUUACCACGUUUGGCCUGUUUCAGAGGCUUUCAAGCACUCCUGGUUGAGCUGGACCUGUUGAACUACGGCGGAGUCACCGCAUCUUGGAUUUCUGACCCAGGGGACCACUAACACACACACACACACACUGCACACCGGUCCCUGCUGCUUUUGCGGUCCAAGCAUGGGCGAAGCGGACAUGCCAAGGAGGUGUCGCAUCCUGGCAUGCAAAGGGAGAGCUGUUGUUGUUGAGCACUGGGUCACCCCAGUGGGAAGAAGGUGGCUGCCUUGCCAAGGGGUCUGUCUGGGGUGCGCGGCUGCGAUAUCCGAAGGUCUCCUAGCAGAGAGGUGAGAGAAGGGGCUCUGGGAGUGGGGUGGGCAGGACAAGGGCUGUGCUGGACUGUGUUCUUUCUCCUUCACUCUCUCUUUUUUCUCUUCCUUCUCUUUCUCUUUUCCUUCCUUUAUUCCC